AUGACAACGCGUGUAGCGUCUGGAUCUACUUUAACCCUUUCCAGCCGGGUGUAUCCAUAUGGAUACAAUUUUGCCGUAGGGGGAUAUACACUUCGACCACAUGUCUUUUCAUCUGUAUCACACAUUCGAUAUACGGCGUGUCACCAUCAUCAUCGAAUAGACCCCUCGACCUAUGGCGGCGGCACGGAGAGUGCCAUAUUGCCACAUAAAGGAAACGCAUCAAAUGCUGAUGGAAAUCAAAAUGCUGGCGGACAGCAACACGCUGGUGGAAACCAAAACGCUGGUGAAAACCAAAACGCUGGCGAAAAUCAAAACGCUGGUGAAAACCAAAAUCCACCAGUGGAUCCAAAUGCCUCUGCUUCAAUGGCAGAAUAUGGCUAUGUAUAUCUUACGCCCAACGCACCAGUAACUUCUCCGUUUUAA